UGCUACCACACAGAGCAUUGCCUAUUUAUCAGCCAUUUUCCUCACUCUUCUUUGUACUCAGAAGCUCUGCCUCAUUUUCCUCACUUUUUUCACUUGGAGCUUCUUCAUCCACCUACUUUCUUGUGUCUUUCAAGCUUCAAGAAUCAAGCACCCCACAAGAAAAUGAUGAAACUUUUCAAUUUGGGUUUUGAAAUGAAGUAGUGACUUUGAUAAUUGUGUGUAGGGUGGACUGAAGGGAAAGAGAAACAAAGGCUAAGAUGAAUUAUGUUUGAGGGUGAAAAGGGGGAAGUUUGUGAAAGAAAAGGGAGGAAAUUUUCAUCUAGUGAAGGUUGAUUGAAAGGGGUUCUGUAAUGGAAGGAGGGACAAGGCAGACUUCAGUUCCUCUUCAUGGUUCCAUUGAUAAGUCUAGGAUUCUGGAUGUUAAACCUCUGAAGAGUUUGAUUCCUAUUUUCUCUAUGUCUUCUCAAGCUUCACCUCCUGGCCAGUAUCCUUCUGGGUUUUCACCAUUUUCCCCCUUUGGUGCACCUCAGCAAACUCCAACUGAGGUGACACCAAAUGGUGCUUCCAUACCUACUCCAAUAAGGGUAUAUAGCAGUUCACCAGGGGCAGGAGACUCCAGUUCAACAAUGGAGGGGUUCAGUGAUCAACGUACUUCUGGGAAGAAAAAACGUGGAUCACCAAAGUCGAGCAGCGCCAAAUCAUCCUUAGAUAAGCCUAAGAAAACUCAAGAGCCCCCUGUUGAUUUAAGUGUUUUAGUUGGUAUUACCCCUGCUCAAAAAGAAGAUGGUAGCCGUGAAGUGGUUAAUUUUGUGCUCAUGGCGUUUGAUGCUCUUAGAAGAAAGCUCUGCCAACUUGAAGGGGCCAGGGAAUUGAGCUUGGGUCCGAUCAAGCGUGCAGAUUUGAAAGCCUGCAAUACUUUGAUGACCAAAGGAAUCCGGACAAACAUGAGGAAGAGAAUAGGAUCAGCUCCUGGGGUUGAGAUUGGUGACAUUUUCUUUUUCAGAACCGAAAUGUGUGUUGUGGGUUUGCAUGCUCAGUCCAUGGGUGGAAUUGAUGCCUUGCAUGUUAGGGGUGAGUUUGAGGAGGAAACUUUGGCUGUGAGCAUUGUUUCAUCAGGAGAAUAUGAUGACGAUGCUGAGGAUAUUGAUGUUAUAACGUAUACUGGUCAGGGAGGGAACUUCUUCAAGAAAGAUAAGCACGCCAUUGACCAGAAGCUUAAAAGGGGCAAUCUUGCUUUGGAUAGGAGUUCGCGACAACUCAAUGAAAUAAGAGUCAUCCGGGGGAUUAGGGAUGAUGUGAAUCCAAAUUUAAAAGUCUAUGUCUAUGAUGGUUUGUAUAAAAUUCAGGAUUCAUGGAUUGGAAAAGCAAAAGGUGGUGGUGAUGUAUUUAAGUAUAAGUUGGUUAGAAUGCCUGGACAACCUAGUGCCUAUGCUGUUUGGAAAUCAGUUCAGAAGUGGAAAUCUGGCACUUCAAGGAUGGGACUUAUUCUUGCAGACAUUUCCAAUGGAGCUGAGAAUAUUCCUGUAUCACUUGUCAAUGAAGUUGAUAAUGUGAAGGCGCCUACUUAUUUCAAUUAUUUCCAUUCUCUUAGACACCCUAAAUCAUUCAGUUUGAUGCAGCCUUCAAAUGGAUGCACCUGUACUAAAUCAUGUGUUCCUGGUGAUUUGAACUGCUCUUGCAUUAGGAGAAAUGAAGGUGAUUUCCCUUAUAUUGGAAAAGGUGUUCUGGUGAGCCGGAUGAAAUUGGUUCAUGAAUGUGGCCCUACAUGUCAGUGUUUUCCUAACUGCAAAAAUAGAGUAUCCCAAACCGGUUUAAUGCACCCCAUGGAAGUGUUCAAAACGAAGGAUAGAGGGUGGGGUCUUCGGUCUCUGGAUCCUAUUCGCUCUGGUACCUUCGUUUGUGAAUAUGCUGGAGAAGUUGUUGAUAGGGCCAAAGUAAGUCAGCUUGUGAGGGAAGGAAAUGAGUAUGUUUUUGAUUCAACCCGGAUUUAUGGUCAAUUCAAGUGGAAUUAUGAGCCUAAGCUUUUGGAAGAAGUCAAUCCCAGUGAAUCUAGUGAGCAUUAUGCCAUGCCGUAUCCUUUGACCAUAAGUGCCAAGAAUUUUGGGAAUGUGGCUAGAUUCAUGAAUCAUAGUUGCUCCCCAAAUGUUUUUUGGCAGCCUGUGGUAUAUGAAGAAAACAACCAAUCGUACGUCCAUGUUGCCUUCUUUGCGCUCAGACACAUUCCACCAAUGACAGAGUUAACGUAUGACUAUGGAGUUGCCCGAUCUGAUCAUGCUGAGGGUAUCCGUGCAGUCAAAGGGAGAAAGAAAUGUUUAUGCCGAUCAUCGAAAUGCCGAGGUUCUUAUGGUUAAAGUCGCUCAAGAACAGCAUGGUAACAGAGGAUGAUGUUAUGUUGGGAGCCACUUUAGGAGUUCGAGUUUAGUGAAUGUGUGGUUCUAAAUCAAGUGUAAGUGUGUUUGACUAUAAAAAAUGUGACUCUGGACCUGGCCUUUUUUUGGAUCCAAUAAUAUCAUGAAUUAUCGGUUAUGUGUAAUGUUAAAGUUGGAAAUGGCCACAAUGCACCAGACAAGUAUAUAACUAGCUAUGAAUUCACUUGUUUAUCCCUGCCUUUUUCCUUUGGAUGUGGGUAUGUUUUGUUGUUAGUUAUGUAUAAGAAGAUUAGAAUUUUCUUCUGCA